AUGGCUGGUACAGCAAGGCACGACCGUGAAAUGAAAAUGAACGCAACAAAAAAACUUAAUUCAACCAAGAAUCCAAUUGAAAAGUUGCGUUUGCAAUGUUUAUCAAGAGGAUCAAGUGGAAUUAAAGGACUUGGAAGAACAUUCAAAAUAAUGGAUGAUGAUGGCAGCAAGUCGAUAGACUUCAAGGAAUUCAAGAAGGGCUUGAGGGAUUAUGGUGUUGAUAUUGAGCCUGAUGAAGUACAAGAAAUGUUCUCAGCUUUCGAUAGAGACGGAUCCGGGACGAUUGAUUUUGACGAGUUUUUGGUUAAUCUAAGGCCACCGCUGUCAAAAGCUCGUAAGAAUUUGAUCCAGCAAGCAUUCAGAAAGUUGGACAAGACUGGAGAUGGAGUUAUAACUGUGGAGGAUUUGAGAGGAGUUUACAAUGCUAAACAUCAUCCUAAGUAUUUAAAUGGGGAGUGGACGGAGGAUGAUGUCUUCCGGAAGUUUCUUGUUAGUUUUGAUACACCUGGUGAAGCUGAUGGAGAGGUCACUUACGAUGAAUUUUUCAAUUAUUAUGUUGGUGUCAGCGCUUCAAUUGACCAAGAUGUAUAUUUUGAUGUGAUGAUGCGAAAAGCAUGGAAAUUGUGA